UUUGCCUGUUUUUCGCCUCUCAACGAAACCCUUGGCCUUGAACAAGGGGAACAAUGCGGAUAUCAAAGUGGCUAUAAAAAAUAUUGUCCUCCUAAACAGUGUUGUAAUCGAUGGGGUUUCUGUGGAACCACACGCGGUUAUUGUGCCGCACAAAACUGCCAAAACCAAUGUCCAAGACGGUGCGGCCAAGGCUCUGACAUUCUAGCAUGUCCGCCAGGAUUCUGUUGCAGCAAAGAUGGCAGGUGUGGAACUAGUUCAAGAUAUUGUGCUCCUGAAAACUGUCAAAGCCAAUGUAAUACGACAGCACCCCCAAUCCCAGAGGGACGAUGCGGAAGGCAAGCUGGCGGUAUAUAUUGUCCUAUUGGACAGUGUUGUAAUAACUCUGGUUGGUGUGGAACUACACCUGAUUAUUGUGAUCUUGAUAACUGCCAAAGUCAAUGUUAUCCAGUCGCACCCCCACCUUCGCCCUCACCUCCACCUCCAUCCCCAUCCCCACCCCCACCUUCGCCCUCACCUCCACCUCCAUCCCCACCCGCAUCCCCACCCCCACCUUCACCCUCACCUCCUCCUCCAUCCCCAUCCCCACCCCCACCCCCACCUUCCCUCUCACCUCCACCUCCAUCCCCACCCCCACCCCCGUCAGGACGAUGUGGAAUUCAAGCUUUUUUUCGAGCAUGUCGUAUUGGAGAAUGUUGUAGUGUAUUGGGUGUGUGUGGAACCACAUGGGCCUAUUGUGCUCCCGGACUGUGUCAAAGUCAGUGUUUUCUAACCUCGCCCGCCAAUAAUCGUAUGAGAGGUAUUGAAAGCUUAAUGCUUAAUGUUGUCUAGAUGCUAGCUCUUGUAUUCCCAAUUACUAGCUCGAGGAUGUACUUUUACUCCUCUAUUGGAACUGGUGAAGUGAUCAAAUAUUAAUGCAUGUAAAAUAAUGCAUAUGAAAUGUAUUAAUUAAUAUAAUAAAUAAAGGACUUUUGUCUAAAUUAAAAUAGCAAA